AUGGAUGGAAGGCCCGUCUAUGAGAGGACUCUCACAGAGUCCCAGCUGCUUGAGCAGCUACCGAGUGAGAUCGCUAAUCUCAUUCGGUCUGCUUCGGGAACUCAGCUGCUUCACGCGCUUGCGCUUGGCGCAUUAAACACCGAAUAUACAGAAAGCGUUCUCAGGCUCUACGAGCCGAUUGUGGUUGAUCUGGCAGCUCGAUGGCUUCGACCGGAUCUUAAUGCCGACCCUAUUCAUGUUCUGGCGGCAUUUGCUCGCAUUCUACCUUUCGCUACGUACCUUCGACCUUUUGCGAGUCAAUAUGCCUUUUCACAGGCUGGUCCCCUGUCGGCCCUGGCUGGGUCGAAGGAAUUGACAUUACGACAGUUGGACCCAAGCAGUAUCCGUUCAUUACUGCUCGCGCUCUUCCGACUGCUUUCGUUCGAUUUGGACACCUUCUCCAAAACUGUGUCACCUAUUCAACUUCAAUCUCUGUUCCCCCACGAAGACCGAGUAAUCCGAUACCUCGCCGUUCGAUGCUUUGCCAUAUACAUGCAUGCGGCCGACGCAGCUACUGGGAAUAUGCUGCGCGUCAAUACCGGCGUUGACCCUAUUGAAGGGGAAUGGGAAGGGAUCACAAUUGAUUACCGACUUUUGGGGUUGUGGGAAGAGCGGCGAUGGGAAACUCUUCAGAGGAAUAUUCGCCAUGCGAGUUCAUCGCGGUCAGACAGCGAAGUCAUGGAAUUGGCCGAUAGGACGCGUGAUGCACUUACCGCCAGAUCCGCCGAUGUUUGUGGCAUCCUGAUCCCACGAUUGAAGGAUGCAGAACCUACAUCUUCUUCCAUUGUGAAGACACCUACAACGACAGAAAAUCUUCGCCGCAUCGCACGGUCCCUUCUAAGCACCAAACCCAUCUUGUUGAUCGGUUUGCCCAACUCCGGUAAAACGUCUCUGAUCAAUGACAUUGCCGGCGUGAUGGGCCAGGCGGAGUCGAUGGUCACGCUGCAUCUCAACGAGCAAACUGAUGCCAAGAGUCUUCUCGGGAUGUAUGCGACGUCAUCCGCAACGGGUUCCUUUUCCUGGCAGCCCGGUGUGUUGACAAAGGCUGCAAGAGAAGGCCGGUGGGUUUUGAUUGAAGACCUGGACCGCGCACCGUCCGAAGUUCUCGGCCUGAUCCUUCCGAUUAUUGAGCGAGGAGAAUUGACCAUCGCGAGUCGGAGGGAGCGAAUCAAGUGUGCAGAGGGUUUCAAAAUCAUCGCCACCAUGAAAUCUUCAUAUAAUAUCGCUGGAGAGGAAGUCGCCCCAAGCACCUCGAUGCUCGGCAGUCGCCUGUGGCAAAGAGUUCCCGUGGCCUCUCUUUCAGUGGGCGAGAUGCGAGAUGUCAUCCUGCAAAAGUUUCCUUUGCUGGAGUCUCGUGUACCAAUCAUUAUGGAAAUUUACCGGAGGGUAUGCUCUGCCUUUCAUGGAAGCUUGGCUAUCAAGGGCUCGCAGGGCCGAACACCGGGGUUUCGUGACUUGAUCAAACUUUGCAGCCGAUUGCAUCGGAGAUUGCAGCGUAUGGGUGCAAAGACAGGCUUCGAAGCUAGUCCAGAAGGCGUCGAGGAUGAGAUUCUCUUAGAUGUUGUGGACAUCUUCCUCAAGUAUCUUCCUGAAAAAUCCAUGCAAAGCGCUCUCGCUUCUGUGGUCGCCGAAGCUCUGCAGAUCUCGCCUCAACGAGCACAGUUCUGUCUUGAUGAACGGACACCGAAUUACAUCGAUAAAAAUAACUCCUUAAUACUCGGCCGGGAGGUUUUACAGAAAAUCAAAGUACCAAGUGGUGCGGCACAAAAGCUUGCAGCAGCAGCAUCACGAUUUGCUUCAACUAGAUCAGCUUUGCAUAUCAUGGAGCAAGUUGCUGCUUCGGUCCAAAUGGCAGAACCUGUUCUACUUGUUGGUGAGACAGGUAUCGGCAAGACCACUGUUAUUCAGCAACUUGCUACAUUAAUGCGUCAGAAGCUCACAGUCGUCAACUUAUCCCAACAAUCCGAAAGCACAGAUCUGUUAGGAGGGUUUAAACCUGUUAGCAUUCGCACUAUGGCGGUGCCGAUGCUUGAUGAAUUCAUCCAGCUGUUCGAACUGACGUUCUCCGCAAAGAAGAACCAGAAAUUCCUUUCAUCCGUGUCCAAGUGUGUUGCUUCCGGAAACUGGGUGCGCCUGGUCAACCUCUGGCACGAAGCUGUACGGCUGGCCAACGGGGUUUUCAACCCUUCGCGCAGCAUUUCGAAGGAGACUGAAAAUGGGGAUGAUCAACAGCCGGCCAAGAAGAGAAAGCUGGACUCCCCCAAAUACCAACACCUGCGACAGCGAUGGGAGAGCUUUGACGCUCAGCUCGCGGAUUUUGAAGCCCAGGUCUCUCAAGGCGACGCGAAAUUUGCGUUUGCUUUCGUGCAAGGAAAGAUCGUCAGAGCCCUGAGGAAUGGCGAAUGGGUUCUGCUCGAUGAAGUGAACCUGGCUUCCCCCGAUACUCUUGAGAACAUUGCUAGUCUUCUGCAUCACGGCAGUGAGGGCUCUCCUUCUGUUCUUCUCUCCGAGGCUGGUGAUGUUGAGCGAGUAUUCGGCCAUCCUGACUUCCGCAUUUUUGGUGCCAUGAAUCCAGCAACAGACGCCGGUAAACGAGAUCUGCCUCCAGGACUACGCUCUAGAUUUACCGAAUUCUAUGUCCAUUCUCCCGAUAGCGAGCUGAAUGAUCUCCUGGCUUUGAUUGAGAAGUAUCUUGGAAACCUGACCAUGGGCGAUCCACGAGUCGUGCCCGAUCUUGCACAGCUAUACAUGGAAACCAAGAAGCUCAGCAACGCGAACAAGCUCACAGAUGGAGCUGGGCAGCGACCGCAUUUCAGUAUUCGAACUCUCGUCCGAAGUCUCAUCUACGUCAUUGAUCAUGCACAUGUUUAUGGUCUGCGACGAGCGAUCUUUGAGGGAUUUAGCAUGAGUUUCCUGACGGUGCUGAGCUUGGAGUCUGAACGAUCUGUGAUCCCUUUGCUGGAAAAACACAUAUUCGAAAACGCAAAGAAUGCUAAGUCAUUGCUUGGACGAACCCCUAGACCGCCUGAAGAUGGCCAUGACUAUGUUCAUUUCAAGCAUUACUGGAUGCGACGUGGCCCUUUGCUUCCAGAGGAACAACCUCAUUACAUUAUCACUCCGUUCAUCGAGAAGAACCUCAAGAAUCUGGUCAGAGCCAGCUCCACUCGCCGCUUCCCUGUCUUGCUGCAAGGUCCCACAUCAGCAGGAAAGACGAGCAUGAUUGAAUACCUGGCGAAGGUCUCUGGCAACAAGUUUGUUCGUAUCAACAAUCACGAACAUACGGACCUGCAAGAGUACCUAGGGUCCUAUAUUUCGUCUGACGAUGGAAGUCUGCGUUAUCAAGAGGGUGUCCUGGUGGAGGCUCUGCGAAACGGGUAUUGGAUUGUUCUCGAUGAGCUGAACUUGGCCCCGUCCGAUGUUCUCGAGGCACUGAAUCGCCUCCUGGAUGACAACCGAGAGCUCUUCAUUCCCGAAACUCAAGAGGUGGUUCACCCCCAUCCCAACUUCAUGCUUUUCGCCACGCAAAAUCCUGCUGGUCUCUAUGGCGGCCGAAAAGUCCUCUCUCGCGCAUUCCGGAAUCGUUUCCUUGAACUACACUUUGACGAUAUCCCUGAGAGUGAGCUGGAGUACAUUCUCAAAGAGCGAUCUCAGAUUGCGCCUUCAUUCUGCACAAAGAUUGUUUCGGUCUAUCGAAAGCUUUCUCUGCUACGCCAAUCUAACAGGCUUUUCGAGCAGAAGAACAGUUUUGCCACUCUACGUGACCUGUUCCGUUGGGCCCUUCGUGAUGCCGAUGACCGCGAACAGUUGGCAGUGAAUGGCUUCAUGCUCCUUGGUGAGCGUGUUCGCAACCCCCAAGAAAAGGCUGCUGUUAAGAGCGUGAUCGAAGAGGUCAUGAAGGUCCGCCUAGACGAAGACGUGCUUUACAGCGAGUCACAGCUGAAGCAAAGUGUCCCUCAGGUGACCGAACUACCCCCUGGCAUUGUCUGGACUAAGGCGAUGAGGCGUCUUUUCAUUCUGGUCUCCAAAGCUCUCAGGAACAACGAGCCGGUUCUUCUCGUUGGAGAGACUGGAUGUGGCAAAACGCAGCUUUGCCAAGCUGUCGCCGAAGCUUUCAAGAGGGAGCUGUUUAUUGUGAACGCCCACGUCAACUUGGAGACAGGUGAUCUUAUUGGUGCCCAACGGCCCAUCCGGAACCGAGCAGCGAUUGAACGGAAAAUCUUUGAAGACCUCCAACUGCUCCUCCAUGGGGAGCAUUCAGAAAGUGGGUCAAUUGAACAGUUGAAACAGGAAUUUGCAGCCCUCGAUGCCGAACAAAGACAAGAUAAAGACCAAGACCUUCUGCGCAGGAUCGAAAAGAACAUUACUCGGUGUAAUGCCCUGUUCGAGUGGUCUGAUGGAAGUCUCAUCAAUGCCAUGAAGACCGGCCAAUUCUUCCUGCUUGACGAGAUCUCGCUCGCGGACGAUUCUGUUCUGGAGAGACUCAACAGUGUACUGGAGCCCCAUCGAUCGAUCCUUCUGGCCGAGAAAGGCCCCGUCGACUCUAUGGUUGUGGCUGAUGGAGGAUUCCAAUUUCUCUCAACCAUGAAUCCCGGAGGUGACUACGGAAAGCGAGAGCUUUCGGCUGCUCUUCGAAACCGGAUGACUGAGAUAUGGGCUCCUCAGCUGUCCGAAGACGAGGAUAUUCUCCCUAUUCUCCAGAUGAGAUCGACCCUCCAAGAUGAGGAGGUCGCAAGAUCAAUGUUGCAAUUUGCGAAAUGGUUCAAGACUACUUUCCACAACACUUCGACCACCUCUCUUUCUCUUCGUGAUCUGCUUGCCUGGGUUGACUUUGUGAACACCUGCCAAAGUGACGACACGUCGUUCGCUAUCAUUCAAGGUGCAGCCAUGGUCUUUGUCGAUACCCUCGGUGCCAACCCAGCUGCAAUGCUUGCCAUCUCUCUUCACAACCUCGAUGAUAACCGACAAAAGUGUCUCGACAAGCUGAGUGAGCUGUUCAGCGUUGAUGCCUCCAACAUUUACAGGCAAUCCUCGACCGUCUCACUGGAGCCCGGCUUCCUGCAAGUCGGUCCAUUUUCUCUGCCAACUGUCGGGGAGACAGAUCCCGAUCCGCAAUUCACCAUGGAUGCACCAACCACAAUCGCCAAUUCAGUUAGGAUUGCUCGUGGCUUGCAGUCUUCGAAGCCCAUCCUCAUGGAGGGUAGUCCUGGUGUUGGUAAAACUACACUCGUGACAGCCCUUGCCAGAGCCCUCGGCAAACCUCUCACUAGAAUCAAUCUUUCAGAGCAGACAGAUCUCACGGACUUGUUUGGAUCCGAUGUUCCGGUCGAAGGAGGAGAUGUUGGACAAUUCACAUGGCGCGAUGCUCCCUUCCUACGCGCAAUGCAGCGCGGCGAUUGGGUUCUUCUGGACGAAAUGAACCUGGCCUCGCAAUCUGUUUUGGAAGGUCUCAAUUCUUGUCUGGACCACCGUCAGCAGGUCUAUAUUGCCGAACUUGACCAGACUUUCAAACGCCAUCCAGACUUUGUUCUCUUCGCUGCACAAAACCCCCAUCAUCAGGGUGGUGGAAGAAAGGGUCUUCCUGCAUCCUUUGUGAACCGAUUUACUGUUGUUUAUGCAGACAGCUUCACCGACGCAGACCUGAAGAGAAUUUGCGCUAAGCUCUUCCCCGGAAGCCCUGCUUCCCAGACCGAAAGACUGGUUGAUUUCAUCUCCAGUCUGAACACAGCGAUCGUUACAGAGCGCAGACUUGGGGCUGUCGGUGGCCCAUGGGAGGUCAAUCUACGAGACAUCCAGCGGUGGCUGCAGUUGGCUGACCGGGGAGAUUUGCAAAUCCCGACCAAGCACUUCUUGGACAUUGUCAUCAGCCAAAGAUUCAGAAGUCAAGACGAUCGUGCAUUGGUCGCACAGAUUUACGACCGCAUUUUCACAGAUUGCAACAUUGGACAGAAGAGCUACUUCCAUAACUUGACCCCGGCUUAUUUGCAGGUUGGCCUAGGCAUUUUGAACCGAGACUGUCUUUUGCAACGCUCAGUCGAGCCACAUAUGAAGAUCCUUCCGAAUGAUCUUAAUAUUCUUGAAUCCCUCAUCCUAUGCAUUGACAACUCUUGGCCCAGUAUUCUGGUUGGACCUGCUGGCUGCGGCAAGACCACUUUGAUCAAGAAGCUCGCCGCUAUCAACGGUGCAAACCUUGAGGAGCUAGCUCUUAGCGCCGACACUGACACUAUGGACCUGAUCGGUGGCUUCGAGCAAAUUGAUCACAGAAGAGAGAUCUCAUCUCUAAUCCAUGACGUCGAUAUGUUUUUGCGAAAACAGAUCAUUCACUCUUUCGCGUCUGGGGACGUUUCUGAGUCUGUGGCUUUGGCGCUACAGAUCUGCCAACAUUUCCAAAGCUCAGACACCUCGCUGGAAACCGUGGUCUCGUCAUUGUCCGAGCUUUGCCAGUCAUUUCCCGACCCAACCUUGCAACAAUUCCUUGAAAGAGCCCAGACGUUGUGGGAAACUAUCCGGAAUACAGAUAAGAUGAAAGUUGGGUUUGAAUGGACGGAGGGCGUCCUCACGCGAGCUGUGCAGAAUGGCUCCUGGGUUAUUCUUGACAACGCAAACCUUUGCAAUCCCUCUGUUCUGGACAGAUUGAACUCUUUAACCGAACCCAAUGGUACCCUUAUUCUCAACGAACAGCGAACUGAGGAUGGAUCCGCUCGUAUCAUUACUCCUCACCCCAAUUUCCGCCUCUUCAUGACCAUGGACCCUCGCCAUGGGGAGUUGUCUCGUGCCAUGCGGAACCGAUGUAUUGAGAUCUGCUUCAUGCCAUGCGAGAUCCAGGAUUUCUCUACUACCACAGGUCCUUCCUAUUUAUGCGAGUCGGCACUCUAUCGCCUUCGCCAUAUCUGGAGUUCGAAGACAGCAUUGCCGUCCCCGUCAUCGUCCGCCUCCAUGGAAGGGUUGUUUGAAAUCUGUCUAGAUCAUCUCUCUCCCGCAGAUCUCGUCUAUCUCCAAAAAUCACCUGGUACAUAUCUGCCUAAUGACACCGAGUCGGAUGUGAAGAGACUUACUGCAUCCAACACCUUACAACGUUAUUCUUCAAUGCUUCAUGAAAAUGCCCAUUGGAGGCCACUUAAUGCCAUCCCUGACGAGAUCAUCAUGGCGGGUGCUUCCCUAAGCAUCAAGGGUGGACUCCAGCCAGUCCAUCCCCUUGUCAACGAGCCAUUAUUAUCAAUCACGGGAGGGAGCCAUUAUCGCUCGAGCGUCAUAGUCUUAGCCUACCUUGAAGAGUUCAGACUUGAAAUUCAUCGACUUCGACAACGUUUGGUCCAGUCUAAUGACUCUGCAAAUCAACUGAAACCGAGUCAAAUGACACGACUGGAGCGAUCCUUGGCUUCCAGCCGCAUACAACCGUUAAUGAAGGAUACGACGCAGCCUGUUGGCAACUUCCUGUCUGAUUGCGGCCAAGCCUUGUACGACUACAUUCAAGGCUUGGAUGAAGCCAGCCUCCAGUCACCUGAAAUCGUGGCAGCUCUCAGAACUAUUAUCUGCCUGUGCUGGGACAUCUACACAGCGACUGACGUGAACCAAGUCAAUGAGGGCGAGUUUCAAGUCUAUCUGCAGAUCGGAAGGAGAGUCUGCGCAUCUCUGCUUAGCUCAUCCCCUUCAAUGAAGACCUUGCAAAAUGCCCUUUCUGGCGCACUUGCUCGCUUCCAAGCUGGGUGGGCGUUGACCACGGGUCUCAGCAUGCAACGAAUCUGGGAUGUAUGGAGGCAUGUUACUCCUUCAUCGCAAGAGCAGUUAAUGUCUCUGAUCGAACUGGAGAGCACCGUUUCUGAUUUCACCAACCUGGCAUUGCAGACACGAGUUGAGCUUUCUGAUCUGAGCAAUGUCUGGAACUCGUUGAUCAACGCGCAGAAAUUCAUUCUCCUGGAUGGCGCAGAUGGAGAUAUGCUUCUCGAGGGAAUUAAGCAGACCGUGGCUGAGCUCGGUAAGGCUGUCCGUCGUUCUGACUCUACUCAAUAUCCCUACUUCUCGCAAGAGUUUGAAGCGAUCUGCCAGUACCAUGAUAUUGCUUCGUUUGGUACCGAACAGGCGGUCGAGACAGUAGUGCCCUUGCUUGCUGGCAGGCGUGCACGCUCGCUUGACUCGUCGACUGCUCAAAGUCGGGUUCCGGAGCUGUUGCACAGAGUCGCGCUGUUCUCAGGAGCGGGAAAGAACUCCAGCUCUCCGCUUGCUAUUGGCGGCGUUAUCUCAUUAUCCCUUUUAGACCGGUUGACAUCCGUUGGCACUACAACUCUGGGUCAAAUGGAUAUGCUUCAGGCUGAGAAACAAGUGCUCUCGAGGGCUAUCUCGAUGAGCAGCCGACAAGUCGCAACAGAACAGUCUAGCAAUCUCACCCGUGCGCUUGCAGCGCUGACCGCCGAGCUGGUCUCUUGCCACCGUGAAUUCUUUGAGCGCGAGUCCGCCGAGCGCCUUAUCUCGGUCCUGCGAUCCAUUGAAUUAGGAAAGGCCGUCGACAAUGGAUCGUUGGUUACAAUCAGCCUUGAUGAAAGCCUAGGAGAGGACCAUUUCUUCAAAAGCCUUGCUCAGAAGGCUCUACCGGCCCUCGUCAACUCGCUGGCUUUCGCCUCUCGCAACCAAGAAAUCAUUCGCUCUACCGGAUUCGCAACAGUCCAGCUAGCAGUGAUUCUCCUUCGCCUCUUUGUUCCAGAUAAAGCGUUUGAUCCUUCUCUCGGUCUUGUUGUCCAACGCAAGCGGUAUUAUCAACGCCUCGAUGAGAUCAGUGCGAAGUCGAACGCGAUCCUUUCUUUCGAAAGCACGUUCUCUGGCCAGCCCUCCAACCUGCGCUCUGUCCUCUUACAGGAGGAGAUCCAAGAACUGGGCUCCGCUCCCCCUCCCUCAUCUGUGACUCGACCAGAGCAAUCUGAACUAAGCUUGCUACAUGGUGAAUUCCUGAAUUUGAUCAAUUCCGUCCUCAAUCGGAACCCAGAAGCGAUGGUCGACUCCCCCGAGAGCAUAUCAAAAUCCCAAGAAACGGUCCAGCUUCUACGUGAUAACAUCGCUCAGCUCAGCAGCCGUCUCAGUACGUACUAUCGAUCCUACGACGACAUCACAGUGCCGGUAGUUCGCUUCCUCCAGCUUCUUGAUGUUGGUUUGUUCCUGGCCUCAAGCCUGGGCGAACAGUCAGAAGGCGCUCAAGAUAUCCAGUCCUUGAGCGAGCGCACGCCUUUCUUGGGAGGUACCCUUCACCCAAUCCUUUUCGAGAGCAAUAUCUAUCAACCUCCCAGUCAAAGCAAUGCGAUCGAAAUGCGACUUCACGAAUUGUCUGCUAUCUGGGCAGCCAAAGAUGCGGAUCCUACCAUGCUGCAAGUCAAAUCUGGUCGUGAUACAAUUCGCCGCAUUUUCGUUGAUUUCCACCAUCUGUGGAAGACGCAGCUCAGAGAGGAUCAGGAGAAAGAGGCAGAAAAAUCAGAGCUUUAUCGCUACCGUGGAUCGUGGGAAGAUGAAGAGGAGGUCGAUGAAGCUGAGCUGAACCAGCUCUUCCCUACUUACGACGGAGGAGCUUCUGAUCCUCAAGAAGUUGGCCGAAUUGAUCCCCGACUGAUUGCCGUGCGGCUCUCAUCUUUACAUGCCAAGAUUGUUGGCAGUCAAUGCACUGGUGAGGCGUUGCCUACUUUUGUCAAAGAGUCUGGCCGUCUCCUGGGAUCGAUGUGGUCUGCGAACAAGAGUCCCUUCGCGCCCGUGCCACCUCAACACCAUCUUCCUUCGGUCUUCCUACUUCUUGAAGAGGUCAUAGGCGAGGAAUCUCAUGCUCAACAGAAGAACUACAACUUCUAUACAGAUUCGAACUUUGCGGAAGCAAGAAGGCUUGUCAAUCUUACGCUUUCGGUCCAAUCUCGCUUUGCGCAGAUCCAGACUGCUUGGCCGGAGCAUGCCGUUCUCCAGGAUGUCAUCACCUGCUGUUCAGAGAUUCUCCAAUUCAAGCACAUUGAGCCUGUUGCUAAAUUUUUGACUAAGGUUGAGAAGCUUCAUUCGCUUGUGCAUGAGUGGCAGUUGGUGGCCAGCCGCGAAUACUCAGCUGUCCCCCUAUACGAUGAAAUCACGAACAUGACCAUCGGGUGGCGUCGCCUUGAACUGUCGACAUGGGCAAAGCUCUUAGAUCUCGAGAAGGAGCGAUGUGAUGAGAAUGUUAGUUCAUGGUGGUUUGUCGCAUACGAGGCCCUUCUGGCUGUGCCGCUGCAGAUAGCCGAGUGUGGCGAGGACAACCUGAGUGAGCACAUCGAAGGUGUGAUUUCCACUCUAGAGCAAUUCUUCAAGUCUACCACGCUUGGUCAAUUCACUCGUCGCCUUCAACUUGUCUCAGAUUUCCAGGCACUGCUUGUGGCCUUCGUCAAUGACUUCCCCUCUUUGACGCCACUCGUCUCUGCGCUCAACAAUUUCCUGUCCCAUUUCCGGCCCUUCGAGCCGUCAGUUGACAAGAUCCUGCAGGAAAAGAGAUCAGCUUUGGAGAAGGACAUCAAAGAGCAGAUUCAAUUGGCAAGCUGGAAAGAUACCAAUAUCGUUGCUCUGAAGGAGAGUGCCAGAAGGUCCCACGUCAAGUUGUUCAAACUGGUUCGCAAGUACCGGGAGGCUCUCGCCCAGCCCAUCCAGCCAGUCCUUGAACAAGGGCUUCCCGAAUUUGGUGAUGGUAUCUGCGAAUCAUGUAUCGAGGAUAACAAUAUGCCCACAGCUUUGUUCCCCGAGGUCUUGUCCAUCUGCCAAAAGAACGAGAAAUUGUGGUCAUCCAGAGCUCUUCGAUUCCAGAACCCGGAUGGCACGGCUCGCAACAUGACGAAUCUUUAUUCAUCAAUUCCGUCUGAGUUUGACAUUGCGAAGGAUCUUGACGGGUUCACUGUCUCCAUCAUCGAGGGCAUCAAUGAGUUCAAGUCGCAAACGCCCAAGACUCUAACCGAAGAGAACAAAGAUGAUGUCCAGCACCUUAAAAUUCAAAAGCGUCGCCUCUAUGCUGAAACUUUGAAGCGUCUCUUUGCGAUGGGCGUGAAGCGUAAUGCUGGCACAGGUCUCAUCGAGACCCAGGUCUCCCUUGCUCAGGUCCUUUCCACGAGCGCUGCCUUUGAAUCUAGUACUACAGCCUCAAGCUCCAUUCAAAGUGCCGAUUCCUACUUCCACAGACUUCUCGACCUCCUGCCCCGCGCUCGUCUGGCAUCGCGUAACUACUCUGAGGAGCUCAGCAACGUCGAAGUUUCCAGGAGUAUGGGCUCUAUUGAGUAUCUCCUGUUCGUCCUCCGACGCCAGAGAGGUGUUCUUGCGCCCACUCUUUCUGAUCUGGGAGCUCUCAAGUCUACUCUUGACAAAGCACGGCACUUGUGGACAAUCGGAUCAGACUCUCUCAUCAAGGCUGGCGCUUCUGCUAGCGACGAAUUGAUGGGUCUGACUCGGGUUGUGGCGUGGCUGAGCCCAAUUCUUGCACUUGCGUCGACUAUCAUUGAAGUCCACUCCAAGUUCUCGGGUCUUCAGGCAUCCUCCAUCUCCCAGGAAUUGAAAUCAAGAAGGGCUGCAUUCGACGAUAUCCGCAAGUCCCUCCAGUCGCACCCCUCCCUGCCAUCUGGAAUUGCCUCGACGAUUCAGAAGGAGCUCAUCCAACGCGCAUGGUCAUUGCUCCACCAACUCGAUGCUGAUCUGAAGAUAUGGGUUCAAGAUCGCCCGGACCUGUCCUUCGCUUUGGACCAAAUUGUUCCAUGGAUCCAGACUAACAGUAUUCCUUCUGCUGGCUUGCUUGGAAAGGGUACCGUCUCCAUUCAAAGCUUUGACGACAGCCUUCUCUCUGCCGUUGAUAAGAUGCUCGUCGGCCUGCAGCAGCUCAAAGAUGUUCCUACCGCCAUCACCUUCGAUGGCCUUAUGUCCCGAAGUGACGAGUUCUUCUCUCGGGCAUCCAGGGCAGUUCAUCUUAACGAAAUCACUUCGUCGUUUGAUGAGGUCCUUGGCCAUCUUCAAAACCUGCAGGACAAGUCUGCCAGUGCCCUCUCUAUGGCCGCUGCUCUAGUCACCAGUAUCCUGCCCAUUGCCAACAAGUACUACCACAUCUGCCAGGAUUUGACCGGCCGUUUCAUCUCGGUUCACCGUGAGAUCUGCAAGACUUCUUACAUCCUGACCAAGACUUUCACUCAGCUAGCGUCGGAAGGAUUCUGCAGCCCAGCCGAGGCAUCCCAAGACGAAGGAAAAGAAGGCAAAAUGGAGAGCGGUACUGGCCUUGGCGAUGGCGAAGGCGCUGAAGACAUCAGCAAGGACGUCGGGGAUGAUGAGGAUCUCUCAGAGCUUGCGCAGCAAGCAGAAAAGGAAGACGCGGAUAAGGAUGAGAUGGAUGACUCUGCUGAUGCGGUCAACAUGGAUCAGGAGGAGAUGGAAGGUGAAACCGGCGAACACCAAGAAGAAGGCGAUGAGGAAGAGAAGGAUGACAACGACGAUGAGGAGGACAACAUUGACGAGGAAGUUGGCAGUGUUGAUGACCUUGACUCUGGUGCCGUUGAUGAGAAGCUGUGGGAUGGAGCCAAUGAUGAACAGCAGAAGGAAACCGAAAACGAAGAAGGAAAGGGCCAGGCUGAGGAAGACCAACAAGCUGCGGCUCAAGAACAGAAGCAGGAAGGAGAAGAAGGCCAGAAGGGCGAGGAAGAGGAUGGAGACGAAGAGGACGAAGAGGAAGAAGCCCCUGAUGAUGAGGGCGAAGCUGUUGGUCGUGAGGAUAUGGAUGUUACUGAUCCCCAGACCAAGGAGGAAGAAACGUUGGAUCUUCCAGACGAGAUGCAAUUGGACGGUAAUGAUCAAGAUGGUGGCGAUGAAGGGGAGGAUGAUGAUGGCAUGGACGACCUCGAUGAUAUGGGUCCGCUCCCCGAAGAAGAGCAGCAAGUUGAAGAGCAGGAUGAUCAAGCUGGCGGUGAAGAUGCCGAUGUGGCACCUGACGAGCAGAUCCCUGGCGAAGAUGAAGAGAUGGGCGAAGAAGGGGAAGAGACCAACGAAGGCGAAGGACAAGAAGAGAAUGAGGCUGGCGGCGAGGAGCCGGAAGAGCCAGAGCAGGACGACUUCCUCGCUCAGCGGGAUGACAACGAAGCUGCGGGUGACGAUGUUGCUCCUAGUGAUGCUGUCAACGGCGGACUUGCUGCUGAUCAGGACCAGAAUGAGGACAAGGGAGCGUCCGGCGAUGCACAGCAGGAGAGUGGCUCCAGUGAUCCCACUGCCAGUGCCGAGCAACAAACCGGUGCUGCCAAGGAGAGCGAAGAAAGUAAACGCAGUCGAGACGCUGGCGGUGCCGAGGACGCGGCUCCUAAUGAGCCUCAGAUCCAAGCCUUCAAGAAGCUCGGUGACAUUCUCGAGCAAUGGCAUCGUCGCCAAAAGGAGGUGCUGAAUCCGUCACAGGAGGAGGAGGACUCGCAACCGUUGCCGCAGGAUACCGACAUGGCGGACGCCGACUUCGAGCACCUCAGGGACGACGAGGAUGUGGCCGACACUCAGGCUCUGGGGCAGGCAAAUGAAGAUCAAGCCAAGGGUCUGGACCAGAACAAGGCCGUCGAAUCCGAGAACCAGCCUGGAGAGCACGAGGCUCUCCCUGACGUCUCAGAAGAGAUCCAAGACUCUCUGGAUAACCAGCUUCAGGAUGAGAUGCAAAUCGAUCGCGAGAACGCCCCUGCCGAAGCUCAAUCGGCCGGAGCUUUCAUUCCGGGUGAUCAGACAUCGCGAGACCAUGCAGAUGGCGCCCCCGGUGCUGAGGACGUGAAUGAAGAAUUGGAUGAAGUCGACUCGCAACUCGCGGCCAUCCACCUUUCAUCAACCCUCCCGCCUUUGACCCCCGAGCCCGAGGCCCGCCGUCUGUGGUCGCACUAUGAAAAUGCUACGAAUGAUCUCUCCCUCUCUCUCACCGAACAACUGCGUCUCAUUCUCGCGCCCACCAUGGCUACCAAGCUCCGUGGAGAUUUCCGCACAGGAAAGCGCCUCAACAUCAAGCGCAUCAUCCCUUACAUUGCCUCUCAGUAUAAACGCGACAAGAUCUGGAUGCGCCGCUCUAUCCCCUCCAAGCGCAACUACCAGAUCAUGCUUGCCGUCGACGAUAGCAAGUCCAUGCUUGAAAGUGGCUCUGGCCAACUCGCCUUUGAGACGCUGGCUCUCGUCGCGAAGAGUCUGAGCAUGUUGGAGGCCGGAGACCUUUGUGUGCUGGGCUUCGGUAAUGAAGACCAUGUCCGCGUCGCGCACGAGUUUGGCAAGCCUUUCUCAUCCGAGGCUGGCAUGCAGGUCUUCCAGCACUUCAGCUACCAGCAAACCGGUACGAAUGUGCGCAAGUUGAUUGCCGAUUCGAUCGCCCUCUUCCGUGAGGCACGCUGGAAGAGGUCCCCCGGCUCUGGGUCUGCGGAUCUGUGGCAGCUUCAGCUGAUUAUCUCCGAUGGUAUCUGCGAGGACCAUGAUACUAUCCGCCGCCUCGUUCGCCAGGCUCUCGAGGAGCGUAUUAUGAUCGUCUUUAUCAUCGUUGAUGCCGUCAAGGGCAGUUCCAUCCUAGAUCUCUCGCAGGCUAGCUUCGAGGCCGAUCCUGAUUCCAAUGGUGAAAUGAAGCUGCGGAUGAAGCGCUAUCUCGAGGGAUUCCCCUUCCCUUACUACCUGGUGGUCCGUGAUGUGCGUGAGUUGCCUUCUGUUCUGGCGACUGCGCUGAAGCAGUGGUUCGCGGAAGUUGUGGAUGUGUCUUCAUGA